AACCGCACGCGGCACGCCGAACUCGAGGGCCCACGCGCCAGCAGUAGCGCGACUGGCCCCGGCCGCCCUACGCCGCUCACCUACCAUUACCAAAGCCUUUCCUUCCUCCUCCCGCGACGAGACGACCAAUUCGCCCGCCCUCGUCGCGUCGCCGGCCGCCUUCUCCCCCCUCCCCACCACGCCCGACGCCUCCGCGGAACCGCGAACGAGACCCAGCGUAGCGAGAGCCGAUUGGGUCGCGCGCGCGCGCCGGGUUUUUGGGGCUAGGGCUUGGCUCGUGGUCGCGGUUUCCAGUUCCCAGGAAAUGGACGCCUCCGACUCCGGCGGGGGCGGCGCGGCGGCCGAUGCGGGGGAACCCGUCUGGGACUGGGACAACCUCCUCGACUUCGCCAUCCCGGAUGACGAUUCCCUGCUCCUCCCGUGGGAUGACCCACUCGGGAUCGAGGGCGAUCCCACCACCGAGACGGCGCUGCUCCCUGCCCCGCCUCCGCCGCAGCCAGUGGAGCCGGCGCCUGCGCCACCGUCUCCAUCUGUUGAGGCCGGGGCAAGCAGACGCGGCGUCAGAAAGCGCGACCCGCGGCUGGUGUGCCCUAACUACCUCGCGGGGAUUGUGCCCUGUGCGUGCCCCGAGUUGGAUGAGAUGGCGGCCGCCGCGGAGGUCGAGGAGGUUGCCGCGGAGGUGCUUGCCGGUCCGAGGAAGAAGCCCAAGGCCGCCAGCCGGGGUAGCAGCGGGGCGGUAGUCAAAACUGGUGGUGGUGGCAGUGGCAGUGGAGUGGCUGCCCGUGGGGGAGCAGCAGAAAUGAGGUGCCAAGUGCCGGGCUGUGAGGCGGAUAUACGGGAGCUGAAAGGGUACCACAAGCGGCACCGGGUGUGUCUGCGUUGCGCGCACGCGUCUGCCGUCAUGCUCGAUGGCGUCCAGAAGCGCUACUGCCAGCAGUGCGGCAAAUUCCAUAUAUUAUUAGAUUUUGAUGAAGACAAAAGGAGUUGUAGAAGAAAGCUGGAGAGGCACAACAAAAGAAGAAGAAGGAAACCUGAUUCGAAGGGCUCAUUGGAGAAAGAGAUAGAUGAACAAUUGGAUUUGUCAGCUGAUGGUAGCGGUGGCGGUGAACUAAGAGAAGAGAAUAUAGAUGGCGUCGCCCGUGACAUGCUUGAGACUGUUCUUAGCAACAAAGUUUUAGACAGAGCAACACCGGUGGGAUCUGAAGAUGCCGUUAGUUCUCCAACUUGUACACAACUCAGCUUGCAAAAUGACCAAAGUAAAAGCAUAGUGACUUUUGCAGCUUCUGAUGAAGCUGCAAAACAGGAAAAUGCGAAACUUACCAAUUCCCCAGUGCAUGACAGCAAGAGUGCUUAUUCAUCCUCAUGCCCCACAGGACGCAUUUCGUUCAAGUUGUACGACUGGAAUCCCGCGGAGUUUCCUCGGCGUCUACGUAACCAAAUAUUUGAGUGGUUGUCUAGCAUGCCUGUUGAAUUGGAGGGCUACAUUCGUCCUGGCUGCACAAUUUUAACUGUAUUUAUUGCAAUGCCACAACAUAUGUGGGACAAGUUAUCAGAAGAUACAGCAAAUCUUGUCAGGAACUUGGUAAAUGCUCCGAGCAGUCUUCUAUUGGAUAAAGGGGCCUUUUUUGUUCAUGUCAAUAACACAAUAUUUCAAGUAUUCAAAGAUGGAGCAACAUUGAUGAGUACCAGAUUAGAGGUACAAGCCCCAAGGAUCCAUUGUGUUCAUCCAACAUGGUUUGAAGCAGGAAAGCCUAUUGAACUCCUCCUUUGUGGAAGUUCUCUUGAUCAGCCUAAAUUCAGAUCACUUCUUUCGUUUGAUGGAGAGUACUUGAAGCAUGAUUGUUGCCGUCUAACGUCUUAUGAAACCUUUGGUCGCGUGAAAAGUGGUGAUCCUACAUUUGAUUCUCAACAGGAAGUUUUCCGGAUAAACAUCACUCAAAAAAAGCUGGAUACUCAUGGACCUGGUUUUGUAGAAGUGGAAAACGUGUUUGGGCUAUCAAAUUUUGUCCCUAUCCUUUUCGGUAGCAAACAGUUAUGUUUUGAACUAGAGAGGAUACAAGAUGCUCUUUGUGGUUCUUCCAAGUACAAGAGUGCAAAUGGAGAGUUACCUGGUGUUACUUCUAACCCUUGCGAGCUUUGGGAACUUCAACAAACUGCAAUGUCGGGAUUUCUGAUAGAGAUUGGGUGGUUAUUAAAGAAGCCCUCUCCAGAUGAAUUUAAAAAUUUACUAAGUAAAACAAAUAUCAAGAGAUGGAUAUGUGUGUUGAAGUUCUUGAUACAGAACAAUUUUAUUAAUGUUCUUGAAAUGAUUUUGAUGUCAUCGGACAACAUCAUAGGCUCUGAGGUUCUUUCUAACCUAGAAAAGGGGCGAUUGGAACAUCAUGUCACAGCAUUCCUUGGAUAUAUAAGACAUGCUCGAAACAUUGUUGAUAAUAGAGCUAAACACAACGAGGAAACACAGCUUGGAACAAGGUGGUGUGGUGGUAGUGCUUCAGAUCAGCCAAGCUUGGGCACUUCUGUGUCACUUGGUAAAGAAAAUGUUGCUGCCAGCGAUGAAUCUUGUUUUCCCUCGACCAAUGAGUGUGAAGAGGAAGAAAGUGUGCCGCUUGUGACUAAUGAAGCUGUGUCACACAGGCAGUGCUGCCAGCCUGAGAUGAAUGCAAGAUGUCUUAGUCCCGCCUUGGUUGCUCCUUUUCCAGGUGGUGCUAUGAGAAUGCGACUCAUCACGACUGUGGCAGUGGCUGCUGUAUUGUGUUUCACGGCCUGUGUUGCCGUGUUCCACCCAGAUAGAGUAGGGGUGCUUGCAGCUCCAGUAAAGAGGUACUUGUUUAGCGACUGCCCACCAUGGAACCAUAGUGGAUGUUAGAUUAGAUUAACUUUCUUGACUUGUUGUUGCUCUCCCCUGUGCCAUGUGUAUACCGUUGUGUCGAGGCAUAGAUUGUUUGUAUCAAGGAUAAAAUACCUUUUCCAAUGGACAAUGCAAACUUGCAUCUUUUUGACAGAAACUAUGGGCAUAUAUGCAUAAAGUUCUGAACCA